AUGGCCUUUGGAAGGAAAGUCGACAGUGAUCAGGAAGAUCAAAAUAACGACGCUGAAUCCGAGGAAGGUGUAAAAGAAGAGCACAAUGGCGAAUCAUCAUCUGUGGUUUUGAGUCAAGCUCUUUUUUUUGCGCAUGCCCCCGGUGAUGCCAUCCGUGUAUGGUCGCUUUCAAGACUUCAACAAGAUGUAUACAUCAUGAAGAAGGAGCUCAAAGUCCAUGUACCGACCGAGUUUGAAAGGAAAGAGGACGAGUUGUUACCAUUGAUGACCAGUUGCUGGAAAUUUGGGCAACUGUUGAGCCACAGUGUUGAAUCUAUUGAGCAACUUGGACUAUGUCACAACAAGGAGCAGAAGCGAGCCAUGCGACAUGAGGAAAGUGAUCAUACACAACAUCUUGAUACUCUUGUCAACCCAAGGAUUUUGAAGAUCACGGAGAAGAAGCACAAGAUGUUUAUUGGAGCGGAUGGUCCACAUAGCUCAUCUCUGGGUUGA